AUGUUGAGGGCUCUAUCUGUCCCUUCAAUUCAACUUUCUCUUCUUUUUUUCCUUAUCUCAACAGUUCAUGUAGUUGUAAAUGGAGACAUACAAAAGGGCUUUUACGUUGUUUUCUUGAGAGAUUUUUCAAUCGACGAAGUAUCUAUGCUUCAAAGUCAUAUCAAUGUCCUCUCAACCUUGAAGGAAAGUGAGGUUGAUGCUAAGGAGUCCCACGUUUAUAGCUAUACGAAAAGCUUCAAUGCAUUUGCAGCAAAGCUGUCUGAAGAUGAAGCCAAGAAGCUAUCCAGUAUGGAUGGAGUGCUUUCUGUUUUUCCAAAUCAGUAUCACAAACUACAUACCACAAAAUCAUGGAAAUUUAUUGGGUUAACUCAAACAGCUAGAAGAAAUUUGAAAGUGGAGAGCAACAUCAUUGUUGGUUUAUUCGAUACAGGGAUCACUCCACAAUCAGAUAGUUUUAAAGAUGAUGGACUUGAUCCCAUACCAUCCAGAUGGAAAGGAAGUUGUGCUCAUUUUGCGAAUUUUUCAGGAUGCAACAGGAAACUCAUUGGCGCCAAAUACUUCAAACUAGACCAAAUCCCAGACCCGAACGACAUACUCUCACCGGUGGAUGUCGACGGCCAUGGCACUCAUACAUCAUCAACCCUAGCCGGAACCAUAGUUCCAAACGCAAACCUCUUUGGUCUCGCCAGAGGGAAGGCGCGUGGGGCUGUGCCGUCGGCCAGGGUGGCGAUGUACAAGGUGUGUUGGGCCAGCUCAGGCUGCUCAGGCAUGGACGUUCUUGCGGCGUUCGAUGAAGCAAUUCACGACGGCGUUGAUGUGAUCUCCAUCUCGAUUGGUGGUUUUUUGGGGAGUUAUGCGGAUGAUCCGAUUGCGAUCGGAGCGUUUCACGCAAUGAAAAAAGGGAUUAUUACGGUGGCUUCCGCCGGAAAUGAUGGACCUACUCUGCGGAGUGUGGAGAACCAUGCGCCUUGGAUAUUGACUGUGGGUGCGAGUGGUAUUGAUCGGGGCUUUAGGGGUAAAGUCGUGCUCGGCAACCGCCAAAUCUUCUCGGGAAUUGGAAUGAAUGCUUUUGAUCCAAAGCAAAUCUCAUAUCCUCUUGUUACAGGGGCUGAUGUAGCCCAGGCUUCAGCAAGCAAGGACAGUGCCAGUUAUUGUCUUGAAAACACAAUGGACCCUAAGAAGGUGAAAGGAAAGCUUGUCCACUGCAAGCUAGCUUCAUGGGGUGCUGAUUCUGUCAUUAAAGGUCUUGGAGGGAUCGGCACCAUCAUUGAAAGUGAGGUGUUUCUUGAUGUUGCCCAAAUUUACAUGGCUCCGGCAACCAUGGUGAAUACCAGCACAGGCAAAAUCAUUGACAGCUAUAUACACUCAGUAAGGUACUGUCAAUUUAGGCUGCUAUAUUGAAAGAUCAGCACUACAUCAAAAAAACAGCUUGACAAUACCGUUUGGAUUCAAAAAAUGAAUGACUUUUACCUGAUCAAUGCAGAUCACCAUCAGCGGUGAUAUAUAAGUCCCAAGAAGUCAAAAUCCCAGCUCCAUUUACUGCUUCAUUUUCAUCUCGAGGUCCAAAUCCAGGAUCUAAAAACCUUCUCAAGGUAUGUAUUACAGGGUUUGAGUUCAUCGUGAUCAUAAGGCCUGCUACUCAAAUGAACCUGUUUCCUGAUUCCUGAUAAACUAUGAAACAGCCUGAUAUUGUAGCACCCGGCAUUGACAUCUUGGCAUCAUACACCCCUCUGCAAUCACUAACCGGG